ACCAUAUGACAAUUUUUGAGAAACUAUAGAAGGAUAAUCAUUUGUAAAGUAGUGUAAAUUCAUCUCUAUAAGAAAGAAAGAGAAGAUGAUUAACAAGCAAUGUAGAUUGGUGAAUGAUUCGUCACUUUUAUUUUGAAACAAAAUAAGCAGAUUUGUCUCAGGAUUUUGUACACUGUUUUUGGUUUUUGCUUUUCUAUAAAUUUUGUUUUGUUGCUUGGUAAACAUUGUCAGUGUUGGUCUGCUUUUUUUUCUUUGCUUAGCCAAUUGCUUGCUCAUUACUAUUCUAGAAAUCUAUUGCUUCACCUGGGCAUGUAAUUCUUGCUGUCGAUGAAUCAAAUGCUACAUGUGGAAUGAGGCUUGCUUCAAUUGGUCUGGAGAAUACAGAACAAAACCGCCAAGCUUAUAGACAGCUUUUGUUGACCACCUCGGGUCUAGGUGCAUAUAUAUCUGUGGCUAUUCUUUAUGAGGAAACACUAUACCAAUCGACCACAGAUGGAAAGAAGUUCGUGGACUGCUUACACCAUGAGAAAAUCAUGCCCGGUAUUAAGGUUGAUAAGGGUUUGGUCCCAUUACCUGGAUCAAACAAUGAAUCUUGGUGCCAAGGAUUGGAUGGAUUGGCCUCAAGAUGGGCUGAGUAUUACAAACAAGGCGCACGUUUUGCUAAAUGGAGAACAGCUGUUAGCAUUCCUUCUGGACCUUCUACUCUGGUUGUUAAGGAGGCUGCAUGGGGACUUGCUCGUUAUGCUGCUAUUGCCCAGGUUUCUAUUCCUCUACAUCAGCUCAAAUCUGCUAAUUCAUCAACAAGCAAAAAGAAACCUGCAGAAAAGUAUAUCCAGGUUGUGUCGGUCGAUAACCAUGAAUUUUGGUUCAUGGGGUUUAUGCACUACGAUAGUGCCGCAAAGAGUUUACAGGAUGCUUUGCAUGACGCACAUAACACAAAACCAGAAACAACGGCUUCAAGUGUCUAAGUUCAUUCAAGAAUCUAGAAAUUGGAUUGCUCGACGUCCCCAAGGACACCUAAUAAUUGCCAUCGGUGCAUCUAUCUUUGAUAUGGAACAUGUUCUCAUCCUGUAUCUCAGCGUUCUUUCAAGGCAAUUACUUAAUCACUUAGUUACUUCUGAUUCUCCUUCAGGGUUUUGUCUUAUUUUUUGUGCAAGGUUCUAUAAUUUUCACAUGGCUGGUGUUAGACCUGAAUGUUCAUAUCAUAUAUUGCUUUGACCAAUGAUUUUGUC